AUGAAACUUUUAUACGCAUUAUUAAUUUUAGUUGUUUUAUUUAUUAGCAGUACUGUUGCUAAGGUUUCAAAACCAACCAACCAAACAGUUGAAGAAAGGGUUAGAGAAGCAGUUAAAAUAUAUGAAAAUAAUUGGAGUGGUUUCCCAAUUAAUUGUAGAAAGAUGGUAGAUACAUUAUCAGCAGAUGGUGUACUUGAAUAUCCAACUGGUAAGAACAUUAUUAGUGGUGGACAUAAAAGAAUCUAUAAUAGAUGUGAAGCAUUAAUUUCAGAGAAUUUCUCACAAAUGAUUACAUACACUCAUGAACCAUUAUAUAUCAUUGGUCGUGAAGUUGCCUUUGAAAGAACCACUGCUUUCGUCACAAAAACAAAUUGUAGAUUCCAUAAUAGAGGUAUUGUAACAAUUAAAUAUGAUAAAGAUUACAAGAUUAAACAACUCAAAGAUUACUUUAACGUUGAUGAAUUACUCGCAAAAUAUGAAUCUUGUCAAUUCCCAGGUACUGAUCUCCCAGAUAUUAAUGCCGGUAAUACAAAUGAAGAUAAACCAGCUACUGAAAAUACUGCUGAAAAACCAAUCGAACCAACAAAAUCUGAAAAACCAAUUAAAGAUGAAUUUAUAAAAGAGAUAUUAGAUAAUUUACCAAAUCCAGAUAUUGAAAAAUUUAAAUUUUUAAAUAAUGAAGAAAAUGAUAAAUAUUCAUUUUUAAAGAAUGAAAAAUCAAAACAAUUUAAAGGUCAAUUGGAUAGUUUAAGAUUUCCACAUGAGAUUUAUCAAGAUCAAUUAGAGGGAUUAGAAGAAGAGGAAGCAAAAGAAGAGGGACAACAACAAGGUAAAAAAGAAUAUCUUUCAAUGAGUGGAUUAAAAGCUACAAUUCAUUCGAAAUCAGGAUCAGUAUUUGAAGGUCAAGUUAAUGCUCAAGGUAUACCAAAUGGAUUUGGUGAAUUAGAAUUAAAAAAUGGUGAUUUCUAUUUAGGUUAUUUUGAAAAUGGUAAAAAACAUGGUAAAGGUAGGUUAAUUUCAGUGAGUGGUUGUCAAUAUGAUGGUGAUUGGAAAGAUGAUAUGCAUGAUGGUGUUGGAAGAUUCGAUGAGAAUGAUAAGGGAAUCUCUUAUCAAGGUGAAUGGAAAGAGAAUGAACGUCAUGGUAAAGGUGUAUUAUCUGAUCCAAAAUCAGAGAUUAAAGGUAUUUGGGAACAUGAUCAAUUGAUAUUUGGUCAUGAAGUUAAAAAGGAUAUGCCAUUGGAAUACUAUGGUGAAUUUAAAAAUGAUCAAUGGCAUGGUAAUGGUAAAGUAUCAUUCCCUGAUGGUUCAAUCUAUCAAGGUGAAUUUGAAAAUGGUUCACCAUCUGGUAAAGGUAAAUUUAUUAAAAUUAAAAAUAAUCAAGCACAAGAGGUACUCGACAAUUUCGAUCCUCUAGAAGAAGAUAAAAGAGAAUUACAAAUCACUGAAAAUGAUAAUUGGGCCAAUGGUGUAAUCUCUGGUGCCGGUAGAAUUUUUACAAAAGGUUGGUGUUGUGAAGGUGUUUGGAAUAAUAAUGAAUGUCAAUCUGGUAGAUUAAUGAUCCAAGGUUAUGGUAUCUAUGAAGGUGAUAUCAAUAGAGACCUUCUACCACAUGGUAAUGGUAAAGAGUAUUUAGAUAAUGGUGAUUACUAUAAUGGUCAAUUCAUAAAUGGUGAACGUAAUGGUUAUGGUGAAGCUAUUUGGACCGAUAAUUCACAAUAUCUAGGUCAAUGGAUACGUGGUUUACGUGUUGGUAAAGGUAAAAUCUCAAUUUCUGGUGAUAUCACUAUUGAUGGUGAAUUUAAAGAAAUCCUCCUAGAUAAUGGUCAAACAAAAUUAAAUGCAAAAGGUACUUUAACAAAACCUGAUGGUUCAGUUUAUAUAGGUGAGCUAGAAGAUGGUUUAGCUUCUGGUUAUGGUGAAUUUAAAUCAAAUGAUCCUUCUUCACCAUCUUUAAAAGGAAUUUGGAUGAAAGGUAAUUUAAUUAAACAAGAAUAA